GCGCACUCGGUGCGGGGCGGCGGCGGCGGGACGGGCCGGAGCCGCGAUGGAGAAGCCGCGGCGGGCGGUGGUGGUGACGGGGUUCGGCCCCUUCGGGGAGCACGCCGUCAACGCCAGCUGGAUCGCGGUGCAGGAGCUGGAGAAGCUUGGGCUGGGAGAUGAUGUGGAUCUGCAUGUCUAUGAGGUCCCAGUGGAGUACCAGACAGUGCAGAGGCUCAUCCCUGCUCUGUGGAAGAAGCACAGCCCACAGCUGGUGGUCCAUGUGGGUGUUUCAGGUAUGGCUACAACUGUCACCCUGGAGAAGUGUGGCCACAACGUGGGCUACAAGGGCCUGGACAACUGCCGCUUCUGCCCGGGCUCGCAGUGCUGCGUGGAGGGCGGCCCAGAGUGCAUCGACUCCAUCAUUGACAUGGACACAGUCUGCAGGAGGGUCUCAGCCCUGGGGCUGGAUGUCACAGUCACCAUCUCCAAGGAUGCUGGCAGGUACCUCUGUGACUUCACCUACUACACCUCUCUGUACCAGAGCCGCGGGCGGUCAGCCUUUGUCCAUGUCCCCCCCCUGGGCAAGCCCUACAGUGCCCAGCAGCUAGGCCGGGCCCUGCAGGCCAUCAUAGAAGAGAUGCUGGAUGUUCUGGAGCACUCAGAAGACAAAAUCAACUGCCAGCAUGAACAUUGAGAGUGGGCAGAAGCUACCCUAGGAUUGCACUUCCAAACCUUUCCCUGCUACUGAAGUACUGGGGGGAAAAACUGGUCUGAAAGGUCCAGACCCAGAGACUUCAAAAGGAAAAAACCCACAAACAGAAAGGAAAAUUCCACCUCUAGAAAGUGACUUUUUUUUUCUUUUGAUCAAAUGUUUCAGCCUAGGCAGCAAAGGAUCCAAAACCUCUUCCUUAAAACUCCUGCAGCUGCUCGUUCCUGAAGGGACUGAGGGCUCUGUGCUGUGCUUCACCCAGGGCGAGGUGGCAGCUCCCAGCAAAUUGCUCACCUGGGCUGGGUGUGUUCAGGUGCAGGGAGCUGAUAACCCCAGCUGGGAGUGAGCAGUGCUUGACUCAAAAGGUUUGCUCCCCUCGGAUUUUGGGUGUGGCUUUUCUUUUGGUUUGUUGUUGUGUUGUUUUUUUUUUCCCCCCUCUUUGGCCCAGAUUUUAGGUUAGAACUUAGAGGUGAAAGGAGUUGGAGUGGUGAGGGUCGGUCUGGUGUUGCUGAGUGGAGGUGAGAAGUGCUGUGCUGUGUUCUGGGGCAGGGAUUUCUCAGCCCACGUUGUCCACACUGGGAACUCUCUACCUUGCUGGUGAACUGAGCUGGUAGCUGUGGGUGGAGAAGGGGGGGACGUAUUUUGGGUUCUUUUUUGUCAUGCAGCAGGAAAUGGCAUUUUGUGUGUCUGUGUGUGCACAGAAUGAGCCUGGUUGGCACCAAAUAUUGCCACAUUUCCUUCCUUUUUGUUUCCUUUUUGUCACCCUCUUGAUGCCACCUCCCUGCCUCAAGCCAGCCAACCCCUCCUGUCCAACUCCCAGCGUCUGCUGCCUGUACUCAGCGGUUCGACAGCUUUGCUGAAGGCCUGUUCCUCCAUGGGGGAUCUUGUUCUUGGGUGCUAGCUGUGAUUUUAAGGUUGAGUAAUUUACAACUUCAUUUCCUUAGGAACUGUCACUCUUGGUGCAGGUUAUAGGAACAAUGUUCAGCUCCAGCUGCCACCAUGGUUGGUUCUUGGGCAUUGAGGCAGCUGUGCGGCUUCGGAGCCCUUCUGCCAACUCUGCUCCAGAAGCUUCAACCUGUUCUCAAUGUGACUAGAAAUGAUUAGUUAAAAACUAGGAAUUUUGCUUAGAGUGAGUAUUUGGGGCUGGGUUUUGUGUCCCCCUCCCAAUGGGAGGGUACAAAGUGCUGCUGCUCCUGGGAGCUUUCCCAGGUGAUGCACAGGCAGGCACUGAGCAGAGCUGCAGUGGUUGGUGCCAGCUCUGGGCCUGGUUUUGCUGCCAGGAUGUGGGAGCAGUUAAAGGCAGAUAUGGGAGCAGGCACAGAACUGCUAAUUGGUGACCAGUAGGUCUCAUGGUGGGGCCAGUUAAGUGAAGAGGUCUGAUUUGAUCCUAAUAAUUUUACAAAUAUAUAUAUAGAGAGAGAGCAAAAAACAGCAUUUGGAACCCUUUCAACCAAUGUUUUGAGCCAUUGUAACCAGGAUUUUGACCCCUCUUAACACUUUGAACCAUUUUAUCCAGCAUUUAAAACCCUUUCACACAGCAUUUGGAACAAUUUAACCCCCCCCCUUUGUUUUAUUUUCUCUAAUGCUGGAGGAUUUUGCUUUGGUAUCUCUCAGUGAGAGCUGCCCUUAAACUUCUUUUCCAGUCGAAGUCUGAUGGCAAAGGAAAUGCCACUUGUAGCCCUCAGAGAAGAUGAGGACUUCCAGAGCUGGAAUAACUUUGAGGGGACCUCUGUGAAGACUUCUUUUGGGGGAAGAUUUCUGCUUGGCCAAGGAAAUUUCCACUGUUAUUUCCUGCACAGACUUCCCUGAUGCUAAACAUUUGGAGCCUUCAAAGGAAAUCCUCUCAAAGCCCAGGUAGCACUUGGCAGGCUGCCAGCAGGCAGCCUCUCUGAGCAGUAAUUUAUUCUAUUUAAGAUGCUUUUGUGUUGAGACUUUGGUGCUUUGCCACUAGCUGAGCUGCUUGUAGGGUUGAUUCCUUUAUCCUGUACGAAGGGUUUUUGUCCUGGGUGUAUCUUAGCUGCUGAGAGUGAUUUGUGUCUUCUGCUGAGUUCAGAUCUGAGUGAUUUGGAGUUUCUCUUUUUCAGUGCCAGUAUUUAUGUCUGGUGUAGCUGUGGAUAGACUGGGAGGGGAAAACCAGCAGCUCAGUGAGGCAGAGCCCAGUGGUGUGAUGGGGAGGGGGUGUAGGAAGGGCUGCUGGAGCAGGGCUGAUGCCUGUGAGUGCCCUGGGGAGGGUUUGUCUGCUGCUGAGCACUGGGGCCUGGAGAGUGUUCAGUGUCUCCAGGUGAGAUCUGCACAGCUGCUGAAUGCUUUUGCUGCUUCAGAGCCCUGAGGAGCUUGGAGGUCCUCUGGAUGUGGCUGAGCAGGAGCAGCUCCAGGUUCAUCUCUGGGGGACGCAGAGGCAGGUGUCAGCUGGGGAGGGCAACUUCCCCACUGCUUUGUGCAGCACAGCCCUGGCUGGGCCUCCCUGGGUGCUCUCUGCUGCUGCAGGGCAAGUUAAAGCCAGCUCCUGGGAGUGCUCCUUGGCCAGGGGCUGCAGUGGGUGAUCUUCUAGGUGUCACUGUGCCAAACCUCAGUUUGAGAAACUCAUCCCUUGGGGCAUCACUCAGAGCCAUGUGGCUCCUCCUGAGCUGUCUGUGGGAGGCUCCCAUGGGAUCAGUCCCCUAGAAAUCAUAAUUUAUUUUAUCAUCUUUUUUUUUGGGGGGGAGGGUGUGGGGGGUUGAGAGUUAAUCCUUAGAGAUUGUUAAGGGUAUCUUGGUGGUAGAGAAGUGCUGUGUAGUGAAGCUUUUUGAAAUGGCAUUAAACUAAUUUUAUUUAAUCUCAGCUAAAUUAAAUCCUUUUGGGUUUGGGGAAGGGUAUUUUUUUGGGGGGGGGUUGGUACUUCCAUGGCCAGUUCAGUCACUUCCAUGGCCAGUUCAGUCACUUCCAUGGCCAGUUCAGUCACUUCCAUGGCCAAUUCAGUCGCUUCCAAUGCCUUGCCUUGAGCUGUGGAGUGUAGCUGGAAUGAAGCUGUCAAAGUGCUGCAGAGCUUCCAAAAGCUGGUUUGUGUGAUGCUUUUUAGCCACUUUCUCUUCCAGCUCACCAAUAAAUAGGAUUUGCUGGUUUGCACUGCCUGGGAGACCUGCUGCCACCCACAAAACCUUUUGUGCUGUGAGUGUAGGAAGCUGAGGUCCUGUGCUGAUUUCUGUGCCUGGAGAAUGUCAGAGCUGGGGAAGUUCCUGAGCCCUGUGCCGAGUCUCUUCCCGGAGAGCUUGGGCGUGAGGAGGUUUUGUGUGUGUGUGAGAGAGAGAGAAUUGGGGAGGUUCCACUGGGUUGGGUCUGGUGUCCUUUGUAUCUGCUUGCCAACAGCUUGCAGCAGGAUCUGCCCAAGGUGUUGGUGAAGUUUGGGAUGAGGAUUUCAUUGUUGCAGUUGUGCUGUGGAGGAUGUUGAGGAACUCCAGGUACUCUUGAACUCCUUCAUAACUUGGUGAUUGUGGUGUCUGGAGGUGUUUCCUUGGGCUGACACUUGGCAGUCUGCCUGAUAAAGCCCAGAGCUGUGAGCUUCGAGGGGUUUUCACCUUAAAGCUUCUUGGAGGACUUGAUCCUUAUGGGUCCCUCCCAGCUUGAGUUCUGUGAUGCAGUUGGUGGUGAACAGCAGUUGCACAGCAGCUGCCUGGCAGCUUUGAGAUCAGAUGGAGCAGUUCAGGCUUAUCUGGAGUGUUCCCCAACCUGAUUGCUUCCUCCUGGACGUGGUGGUAGUGGGAAGGGAUGAAAAAGUCAUGAAGAGGGUUAGAGGUGUUGAGUGUGGUUGUGACAUGAGACUGCAGCCAAGAGCUGCUGAGCUUCAGGAGUCCUUCCAGGCAAGGAGAGGCCUGGCUGAGUGUGUUCUAAAGUUGAAGACUUCAUGAAAACUUAACUGCUUGCUCUGCUUUCACCCCCAGAGGAAGGAAGUUCAGAGGCAAAGGUGUCCAGAGCAGAUGGCAGAUAGAGGCUUCCUGGCUGCCUCGGGGCAGAAGUGGAGGAAGUGGUUGAGCAGUGUUGUGAGGGCAGCCUGGCCUCCAGUGCCAGGGCAGUGUCAGCUAAUGGUCACCUGUGGGCAGGCAGGCUGGGAGCUGUCCUGUGCACAUGUUCUUCCCUGGGCAGUGACACCAAGAUGUAGCAUUCAGCCUCCCUUGUGUCUGCCACCCUCCUGCUGCCCCUGCAGGCACCACUGAAUCUGCCAGUGCCUGGGGCAGCUGGCAGAGGGGGUUGUUCUGGGCUGCUGGCACAUGGUGCCACGGCUGGAGCACAAACCCAGGAGCUUCCAGGCCUGCAGAGCAGCAGCACAGGCUCAGUGAGUUUGUUAGUGGAAGGUCCAGAGCAAUCCACUGGAGUUUCUUCUGACACUCAAAUCAUCUUCACAGGGAUUUGCUGGUGAGCUCUGCUAGGAAGUGUGGAGGAGCUGCAGGGCCAGGAGCUCCCAAAAUCCAUGUGGAGUGGAGCUGGUGAUCCUCUAACACAGGAGCUGGAGCUGCACUGCAGCAGCCCUUCUGGGCUGCCUCUGCUGGCUGCUGGCCGAGCUCAGGACUCCAGCACAGAUUUUAACCCAUCCUAAGUUCCAAACUCUCUAAGCACACAGCUGAGGCUUGGAGCUGCUGUCAGAGGCAGUGUUUGAAGCCUGCCUGGAAACCAACUGAGGUACAGAAGGGACCCUGGUGUGGUGCUUUUCGUGGUGAAUUUCAGACUUCAUCCCACAGUGCAGGGUGUAAAAUUGUCACCAGUUAAUUUGUGCUGCCACCAAUUAACUGCCUUCCUGUUGUCUCCUUUAAUAUCCUCUUGGAUAACCUUUGAAGGAGAGGAAUUUCAGAGUUGUGGAGGGUUUCAGCCACACUCUGUUGGCUGGGAUGAGACCACCCCUGGUGGACACCAGCAGUGCACCCCUUGAGCCAGACUGGGUAUUCUUGCACCAGAACCCCUCGUGUUUUGCAGUAAAAAGUGCACUUUUCUUACCCCUCCCCCCUCUCAUCCCUGUCUGAUUUGUGUCUUACGUGGUAAAAGUGGUCUUCUGCCAGCACCCAGAGCUGAGGGUGUUGUGAAUUCUUCACUGUACUCAUUGAAACCUGAGAGCUGCUUCUGCUCAGUCUAUUUUGAGACAAAGUAGAGAGGAAAAUACCUCCCCGUAGAUUAGGAAUUGAAGCUAGGGAAUGAAACUAGACCCUGCCCUUAAGUCAAACCCUGUGCUCCUUAAGUACACCUUCAGGUUUGCUCUUGCACCAGCUCCUUAAAUCACAAAUGUUUACUUUGAUUAAACUGGGAGUGCCUUGUCCUGUGCUGGGCUGGCUCUGGGAAGUGCAGCGGUGCUGAUGGGGACAGGUGGGGACAGGAGGGCCCUUUGCACGUGGGCUGGGUGGGGAAGCUGAGCCUUGGGCACGGGGAGUCACCUCUGAACUCCUUCAGUGUCCUCAUUACCCAAGGCUGCUCCUCAGAAACUGCACUGAAUCGAGUUCUGGAGGUUUUCUGCCUCGCUGGGACCUGACAAAGGGAAGGACCCAAGAGUUUGCUGCUUCCCUGUCGCUCCCAGCUGGCUUGGCCAACUCUGUGGAGGUUCUCCUGUCUCUUCUGCAAGGUUCAGUGUUUCAUCCAGACUCCUUUCUGCUGUUCCAGCAUCACUCAGCCUCUGGGGUCCCCCAUCCAUGCAUCGUGGUCAAACACCCCCUUGUCUGUCUGGGUUUCUCAGGUGUUUGCCAGACUCCCGCUCGCCAGGACUCUUGGAGCUGCAGUUCUCAGUCCCUCGGGGCUGCUGGUGGUGCCAGCUGGUGGUGCCAGCGUGUCCUUGCAGUGCCUUGUAAAUCCAAACAAUCGAGGGUGUCACGGGGGGGACUGUGCAACCAGGGACCCUUUAGCAUCUUGCAGCUUGCUCUUGCUAGAGUGGACUUUGUAACUGGAGAUUUAACCCCAACUUUCAAAGGAAAUAAAAGAGUCUGACUCUGCC